AUGGCGUCCAAAGUCACAGAUGCUGUAGUCUGGUAUCAAAAGAAGACUGGAGCAUAUGACCAACAAAUAUGGGAAAAAUCUGUUGAACAAAGAGAAAUCAAGGGGUUAAGAAACAAACCAAAGAAAACAGCACAUGUGAAACCAGACCUCAUAGAUGUUGAUCUUGUAAGAGGGUCUGCAUUUGCUAAGGCAAAGCCUGAAAGUCCUUGGACUUCUCUGACUAGAAAAGGGAUUGUUCGAGUUGUAUUUUUCCCCUUUUUCUUCCGGUGGUGGUUACAAGUGACAUCGAAGGUCAUCUUUUUCUGGCUUCUUGUCCUUUAUCUUCUUCAAGUUGCCGCAGUAGCAUUAUUCUGCUCCGCUCCUAGUCCACCUUGCAUACCUCUAACGGAAGUGAUCGGGCCAAUAUGGCUGAUGCUGCUCUUGGGAACUGUGCUCUGCCAGAUUUUGUCAACAAGAACAUCCAAACCUCCUCUAAGCACAGGCGGGAAAAGAAGGUACUGCCUUUCAGAAGCAAUUGUUUUGUAG